AUGUCACCUUCUGGUUAUAGUGAAAUUGAAGUGGUAUUAGAUGAUGGUACUUUACAACGAAGGACAGUUUCUUUAUCAACUACUUUUGAUUCAAGAUAUCAUGAUUUCGGUGAUCCUCCUCCUGAACAACAUGGCAAGCAUCAUUAUCAAUCAUAUCAUCCGCAUUUAGAUAUGGAUGAUGUACAACCUUCUCGAGUUGGUAUGGCUGAAAGUGAUUCUGAUGAUAUAUUUGCAUCUGAUAAUGAUAAUCCUUCUUUAACUCUUCAACAACAACGAUAUAACAAGAAAUAUAACGGAAUUUACAAUGAUGAAACAUUUUUUUGGAAAACCAGAGUAUCAUCUUUUUUGAAUCAUUUGGGGAAAUGGAUGACACUGACGCCACAACAACAUGCUGUGCUCAAAUGUAGCUUUGCCUAUUUUGUUGGAUCUCUAUUUACUUUUGUUCCUACACUGAAUGAAUUUAUUGGAAACAAUCGUGUAUCAAGUCAUCUAGUGGCUACUGCGACAGUCUUUUUUAAUCCUGCAAAAACUCUGGGUGGAAUGGUAGAAGCCACUGCUUAUGGUUGGGGUUAUACUCUAUUUGCUCUCUCUGUGUGUCUUGGAUCAAUGGUUACGACGGAUUAUUUUAUCGAUGAAAAACUUAUGCUUGUUGCUCAUCUAUUAUCUCUCUUGUUUUGGUUGGCUGGUGCUACUUUUAUUGUCUCUUUCUUGAAAGCACAUUGGAACAAACCUCCUGUUGCAACUGCUUCAAGUCUAUGCUUUAUCAUUAUCUUUAUUGUUGUAGUCAGGGAAGGUUCGGCAAAUCGUGGGGAUUUUGAUACGACACGAAUCCAACAAAUCACCUCUGCUGUAGCGACGGGCACUUUGGUCACUAUCACUUCCUGUAUUGUAUUUUGGCCAACAUCGGCUACGAAAAAACUUCAAAACGAUCUAGAAACAACACUCAAUUCCUAUAAAGUACUUUUGAAAUUGUUGACAAAAACAUUCUUAUUGGACGACGAUCUUCCUGAGUUCAAGGCCAAUCGUAUAUUGCAAACUGCUAUUGAAUCUCACCGUGCUAGUUUUACCUCAUUACAAAAAUCACUUAAGGAAGCAAAAUUGGAACGGUUAUGGAACAGACAAAUUCGUGGAUGUACCGAUGAAUAUGAUCAAAUUGUCAAAAGCAUGCAAAGACUCUCUCAACAUGUAGGUGGACUACGUAGCAGUUGUGGUAUCCAAUUUGAUUACAUCAAUAGUAAAGACCAACAAGGAUCUACCCUUCGAUCUACUGGAAACGAACCUAUCUCGGAUGACACAGCCACUGAUAAAAUUCUUUCGCCUAUGAUGACAAGUGAUACAUGGAGUAUUAGACCAGGAUAUAGGCGACGACAAUUGGAAACAGAAAUGAAACGACAAAAAUCAGCUCUUGCAGCCUCGUAUAUGACAGCACCAUUCAAUUUUGAUAAGGAAUCCUUUAUCAGUAGCCACCCUGGAACAACCAAGAAUGAAAAAACAACGGAAGGAUCACUUAUCAAUUAUAUUCAAACUAUUCGACAACCAUUGAAAUCUCUGGCCUAUACUUGCAAACGAACUAUCUUCCAUUUACAGUUUCGAUUCUCCACCCAAUCUUCAUAUACCUCUCGCAUGAAAAAUAUGACUCCUGAAUUUUACGUCCUUAAAGCCAAUCUUAUCAAAGCCAUCGAUUUGUUUGAAAUUUCUCAACGACAUGCUAUUCAACGACUACAACAACAACAUCAUCAUCAACAAAGAACAGGGAAAACAAAUAUACAUCACGAUGUCCAACUUUUAGCAAGUCCUGAAGAAGAUAUCUUUUUGGUUUAUUUUUUCGUCUUCAACAUGAUUGAAUUUGCUCAAGAACUUAUUACAUUGGUGGAUGCUGUGGAUCGACUCUGUUAUGCCCGUAAUUAUAAUUCCUCUUGGUGGCAAUGUUGUUCGAGAUGGUUUUCUUCACUGAAAAGUAAGAUCAAAAAAAAAAAAAAAAAAAAGGUUAACCCAUGUUUUAUUCCUAAUGAAAGAAAUAGGGUCAACACUCUUCAUACACCACUUCCUACUACUCGUUGGAGAAGAUUCUUUAUUCGGAUUUGGGUUCUCUUUUCUCUCUUUAAACUUCAAAAGAUACGAUAUGCUAUCAAGUCUACUAUAGCUGCUAUUUUAUUGGCCACUCCUGCAUUUGUAUCAUCUACUUCUAAUAUAUUUCGUCAAUGGCGUAUGGAAUGGGCUUUGAUCACGCUCAUGGUAGUGAUGACUCCAACUGUCGGUGGAACAAAUCUGGUAGCAGUCUAUCGUAUUUUUUCAACAAUGCUUGGGUGCUUCUCUGCAAUGUUUUUUUAUAUGAUAUUUCCAGCUAAUAUGUAUGCACUUGCGAUUCUGACAUGGCUUUUCUCGAUUCCAAAUUUUUGGUUGAUUCUUCAUCACAAACAUGGCAAGUUUGGACAAUUUACGUUAUUGGCCUACAAUCUAGUGAUGCUUAACAAGUACAACGAUCGAGAAACAAACAAUGUAGAAGUAUGGUUAUUGGCUAUUCAACGAUGUGUGGCUAUUCUGGUCGGUGUCAUAGUUGGUUUAAUUGCUACUGCGUAUGUGUGGCCUUAUGAAGCACGGGUGGAAUUACGCAAAGGAUUAUCUGAUUUCUUAUUACGUCUAUCUUGGCUUUAUCAAAAACUGGUAUCUCUCUAUUCAUCAUCAUCAUCAUCAUCAUCGUUGGCAUAUCAGCAUACCAAUGUAGUAGAUAAUAAUGAUCACAAAGGCGAUGAGUCAUUUGAAAAAUCCAGACUUGCUUAUGGAUUUAUGGAAUUAGAACUUGGACUGCAACGUACGUUGAUUGAUUUACAAGCACUUUUGGUUCAAACUCCUAACGAACCUCGAUUGAAAGGAGCGUUUCCUGUGGCAACGUAUCGUGAUAUUCUAUCGUCAUGUCAAAAUAUUGUGGACAAAUUCAUGUCGAUUCGAACAGUCAAAUUGAAAGAAGUAUGGAUGGUAGAUGUUCAGCGCACGUUUGUCAAUCCAGCCAGUGGUGAAAAUCGUGAAAUGGUGGGCAAUGUCUUGUUGUACUUUUAUUUACUUGCAUCAGCACUUCGACUCAAAACACCUCUACCACCUUAUCUUCCUCCCGCACGUAUGGCUUGGCAAGUCUUGAUUCAACGAUUACGUAGAGAUACAUCUUCCUUUGACUCUAUGAUGACUAUUGGAAACAAUCAAAAGGAGAAAGAUCAAGCAUAUAUGAUUUAUUUUGCUUAUGUCAUUAUGAUGGAAGAUAUCAUUCGUGAACUGGACAAGGUAAUGAAUCCAUUUAAAUAUGUAUAA